AUGUCUGUGGUGAAGUGGAUCGAGUUAGUGCUGCCCAAGGAUGCGAUCUACCUGGCCGGCUCCUGCAUAAAAGGGCAGGUGAUUCUAACCCUGAACAGCACCCUGGUGGACCCCAUUGUGAAGGUGGAGCUCGUGGGAAGGGGUUACGUGGAGUGGAGUGAAGAAACCGGGGCAUCCCGUGAUUAUAGCAGAGAUGUUAUUUGCAACAACAGGGCCGACUAUGUACACAAGUCAAAGAAGUUCCCAGUGCAGGAUAGUGCGGGGUAUACAGUAACUGCUAGAACCUUCUGAUGGCAUCGGUGUGUUUUGCUUUCAGAUAAUUGGUUAAGUGCAGGCAGCCACACCUUUGAUUUCCAUUUCAACUUACCUCCCAGGCUCCCUUCUACCUUUACCAGCAAAAUUGGCCAUGUCUUCUACUUCGUGCAAGCCUCCUGCAUGGGCCGGGAGCACAUUCUAGCAAAGAAGAGAAUGUACUUGUUGGUUCAAGGGACUUCGGACUUCCCCCGAGAAAACCAGAGUCCCCUGUUUGUGGAGACUGAGAAGAAGGUCUCCUACAACUGCUGCAGGAAGGGCAGCAUCUGCGUCCAGAUCCAGUUGGAAAAUAACACCUUCACGCCAGGGGAGCGGGUCCUCUUCACCACGGAGAUCAACAACCAGACCAGCAAGUGCAUCAAGACGGUCGUCUUCGCCCUCUACACCCACGUGCAGUACGAGGGCUUCACGCCCAAGACGGAGCGGCGGUCACGGGUGGAGAGCUGCGAGCUGCUCCGGCAGGAGGCCAACACCCAGAUCGUACCCUUCGACACCACCAAGAUCGUCAGCAUCUUCAACCUCCCGCCGGUUCUGUCUGUGAGCAGCGACUUGCAGGAAGGCGAGAUCAUGAGCACCCAGUACGAGCUGGUCAGCACGGUGCACCUGCCCUGGUCCCUGACCAGCGUGAAGGCCAAGAUUCCCAUCAUCAUCACCAGCACCGCCCUGGACUCAGACAGCUGCCAGAGGCAGGAGUGGGCAAGGCAGUGUUAGCCAUGAGCAAGGAUUGCCAGAAUUAAGUGCCCAAACUUCUAAAUAGAAAGAGCUUUAUCACUCUA